AAUACUCAGGAAAUCCCCAAGAUGAAAUUCUUCUACGGAGCUCUGCUUGUGCUGGGCACAGCCAUUAUUGCCCAGGCGGCUGUGGCCCGAUCCAACGAUGAGACCGACAAGGAGUCCGCCCAGCAGACCAAGUACCGCCUGUUCAAGCAGCCCGUGCAGAUCGAGGCCCGCAGCUUGCAGCAGCUGAUGGCCCUGAAGCAGCCCGCCUGCCCACCGACUGAAGAAACAGGAUCCACGGAGACCUCCACCCCCGAAACCUGGACUAUAACGACCAAGCCCACAGGACCCACCUAUAACACUGCCACCUACAGCAUAACCUCCGAACCCACCACUGAUUGGUCGAGCGAGGACGAGACCGCUCGUAAAGCGAGCUACCACAACCAGGUGAACGAGGACGAUGACGAGGAGUUCGAUCAGGAGGAGGAGGAGGAGAAGUACCUCAAGGAUCACGAUGACGAGCUGGAGGACGAGCACGAGGAUGACGAGAACGAGGGUUUCCAGCUGGCGGCGCCCAAGGCCUCCUCAUCCACAUCGGUGCGCCGUCGUGGUGGCUCCACCUCGGGCUCCUCCAACGAUAACCUGUCCAGCAGCGAGUUGUUGCGCGAGAUCGAGCUGCGCCGGCAGAAGGAACUGAACGAGCAGCUGCGCAAGCAGCUGAGCGCCGCCCGCCGCCGCUCCGCCAAGAACCGCCGCCGUGCCCAGAACAACCGCCGCCGGGCCAUGCGUCGCCAGCAGCAGCAGCGCCGCCAACAGUCCCUCAUCAACCAGAGGCAGCGCCAGGCGCUGAACCGUCGCCACAUGAACGCCCAGCGCCGCCAGCGCCGCAACAACCGCCUCAACCGCCUGCGCCAGCGCCGCCGCCACAACCGUCGCCGCAACUAA